GUGGAAAAAGAACAAAAAACAACAAAAAGGAUGGAGUAGAGUGAUUUAAAGAAAGAACACUGCAGUCCGCUACUCAGUUCAGUUGAGACUAUGAGGAACCAAACGAAAAAAAUGCAAAGUCAUAAGUAGAAGGAGUAAGUAGGUGCUGACCGAAGUGGAGACUUCAAGUGUGGUCUCAUUGAGCGCUAAAUUAAAUGUAUACCGUCGAACACAAGAAGCUGACAUUUUCCGCCCACCUACUGUGGUCAGCAGCAACAAAAACAAAAAGAACAAAAACAAAAAAAAACUACUAAUAACCAAGAAGGAACAACGUAGAAAGCAAAAUCUACAAGCCUGUUCGUGAGCAGACAAAACAUUAAAAAAAAAAUGUAAAUGGAACUGUCACUGUCGCUGUGUAGAGAACAACGAGCGGGCAAACGACAUUGGCAUUGGUGGGGUUGUUGUGGGAGUCGGCGACGAUAGCAUAGGGAGUGAGUGCAAAUUUGGAGCAGCAGCUACGUAGAACCGUAUGUGUGAGAAAUUGCAUGGAAAAACUCAAUCAUUACGGCAGCAGCAGGGAGUUAAUUUAGUUAGACACCACUAACAGUCAACAGCUAGCAGCCAGCUGCCCGUAACCACUAGCUACUAACUAUUAGCUAGACAACUUGUGAACUACUACUGGUUUGUAAUUCUGAGGCUGCUGCCCUGCUCAUCAGCAAAUGCCAUCUUGAACGUCAUUGUCAGCGUCAGCGUCAUCAUCAUCACUAUCCUCGUCGGCAGCAGCAGCAGCAGCAGAAACAGCAACAGCAACAGCAUUAGAUGCGUAAACAGCACUCGCAUUUGCAUUUGAACUCUCAACAUUAAGCGGCAUAGGGCAGUAGGAUGUAACCCGCUUUCAGUUGCACUGAAGCGGCAGUGUUACCAAUAAGAUAGCUUUCGUUAGCGUUGCCUUUGUGUCACUUAAAGUUGCCUGCCGUCUUUUGGAACAGCAACAAAUCACUGUCAAAGGACUCAUUGUCAUUUGUGUGUGUGUAUGCAACAGUCGUCGUUUUUACAUUGCUUGAACAGCAGUAGUGUAUCGUUCGUUAGACAACGCACGGUGGGUCGGUCAUUCGGUCAUUCCGUCGGUCAGUCGUACGGUUGGUCGGUCGGUCGGUCGGUUUGUCGCUCAGUCUGUCGUAACAGUUUGUGACAGUAAACAUCUGUCUGUCAUUUGGCCGUUCAUCAUUCACAUAGUUCACAAUCCGCAAAGGCAUUUGUUUGUGCGGGCGUUGUGGGUGGGUGAUGCCAACCCACUGAGAGCGAAUUAUGAAGCACCAGGGUUCCAGUUAUUGUUGUCGCUGGUUCACACUUUUCUUGGUCGCCACGGGCAUUGUUCUUGUAUCGCCAGAUAUACACACAACUAUUGCUGACAACUAUAAACAAGCGAAAACCAAAAUCACAACAACAAAAAUGAUAAAAAAUACUACGAUGCGUACAUUCAAAACGCUGGAGGCGAUGGAUUUUAUUGACGCCAACAGGUACAAUGCCAAUAAAAAGCACAACAACGUUAACAGCUAUGAUUCAAGUAUGAUGGCUAGCAGCAACAGCAACACCAACAGCAACACCAACAGCGUCAAUAGCAAUAGUAAUGACAACACAACAAGCAUUAGGGUUCCAAUCAAAGAGGAAUGGAGUCGGCGGCUGGAGCAUAUGGUUUCUACACCUCAAACGAUGACAAUAAUAGUCGAAAAGCCCACAAUGGUAAAACACACAACAACAAGAGCAACAGCAACAGCAACAGCAGAUAGUAUGCGAACUACCACAAUUACAACAGCAGCAGCAGCAACAACAAAGGCAAUCACAACAAACAUUGAUAGUGCAAUAAAGAUGCCGCCGACUGACAGCAGAGCCAAUAUAAAUGUCAGCGACAUAAAGAACAGCACAAUGAUAUAUAAGCAGCAGCAGCUUCAAAACCAACAUGAUCAACAUCAGCAUUGGCAGCAUUGGCAGCAUUGGCUGAAUAAGCCACAUCGACGACAACAACAGAAACAAAUAGAGCGCGUACAACAGCUAUAUGGGCCAACGGCAGUAGCAGCAGCAGCGGCAGCGGCAACGGGCAGCAGAGAAGGCGAAAAACCACAACCGUACGUUGCCAAUACUUUGUUAAGCAACAAAACAUCAACAGCAAUGAAUAUUGAGACGACGACGAGGACGACGCCCAAUAACGUCCGCAUAAGGGGCGAGUCAUUGGAAGUGACAGCGGCGGCACAAACGCAAAUAGCAAUCAACAGUAAUAGGAACAGCAACAGCAACAGCCUUACAACGGAAAUAACUGCAACAACAACAACAACAACAACAACAGCAGCAUCAAUAACAACAAUGCCAUCAACAAUAACAAUACCGGCAAUAAGCACAACGCCAACAACUACACAAAGCCAACAAUUUGAGUCAAUGCGCAUUUCUUAUUACAUGAACGAUGCCUCUGACGACUUACAGCUGGAGCUGCUGAGGCUAAAGCUAAAACCGUUGCUAAAGCCGGAGCUGGAGCUGAGGCAAGCAACGGAAACGGAUGUAAAAGUGGCUGUGGCAAGGGAAGGGGAAAUGAGUGUGGAAGUGGAAGUGGGUCGUCAACAACAUCAACACAAAUUUUCCUCUGCUUAUUUAGACAACGACGAGGACUACAGCAACGACGAUCAACACAAUUAUGCGCCACUCGAACGGUUGCCGGCGCAGCGCAGCCGUUGGACGCGACAGGUGGAAGAGGAACCGGUAGAUAAAUGCCGUCAAUUUGUUGAGGGCGAAGCGGAGAAAAAUGAAUUCUACAGUCCCGAUUAUCCAAACGAUUACCCAAAGAACAUCAACUGCACACGCAUUAUUACAGCGCCGAAAGGACAAAUAAUCCGUUUAGAUUUUCGUAAUUCAUUCCACAUCGAAGCGAAAGAGGAAUGCAAAUUUGAUUUUCUCGAGAUACGUGAUGGCCAGUAUGGUUUCUCGACAUUGAUUGGUAAAUAUUGUGGUACGGAUUUUCCACCGGAAAUCACAUCGAAAGAGCGUUACCUCUGGUUGCAUUUCCAUUCGGAUGAGAGUAUUGAGUAUUCUGGUUUUACAGCUGUUUACGAAUUUAUCGAUCGCAGUAAAGAAGCACCCACCACAGACUUAAAUUGCACAAUCGAAAAGGAUGGUUUCGAGGGUUUCAUCAACUCAACCGAUGUGCCCGCAGAUAUUAGAGAUAAUGUGAUUAAAAAUAAAAUACCCUUGGAUUGUAUCUGGCGCAUACAGGUGCAGGAUAAUUGGAAGAUACAAGUGAAAUUCCUAGAUUUUAAAUUAAGCAAACCCAAUGACUGUGAAACGAAUUUCUUAGAUAUCUUCCCAGAACAAACAGUCAUGCCUCUUAGAAUAAAAAACUUUUGCGGCUCUGCUGGUGAGGGCAUCACUUCCGAUACGAAUACACUGCAUCUGCGUUUCUUUGCCGAACAGGUGGCCAUCAAUUCGACAUUUGCCAUUUUAUAUACCGCCUUUCGAGAUCGUGGCACCGCUUGUACUGAGGAGGAAUACGAUUGCGAGGAUGCCACUUGCAUCUCACAGGAUCUCAAGUGUAAUGGACGUGACAACUGUAAAUUUCGCUGGGACGAGGAAGGUUGCGAUAAGCAAUCUUCAGAACAAUCCGAGCAUAUGAUCAUUAUAAUGAUCGUUUUCGGUCUAAUCUUGGGUGGCAUGGUUAUUACAUUCCUGGUGAAUUGCAUACGAAAGAUAAUGCACGAUCAGAAAAUCAUACGGGAACACAUACGCCAAUCGAAGGAGAGCAAACUGGAUGAAUUGGGCCGCAGUUCAAAGGCACGCUCAAGGGAGAAUUUACACAGCACAAUGCCGAGGCCCAAGCCAUCGCAGACAUCCUUGCAAAUUCUUGACGACACAACGAAUCGCUAUUAUCGCGAAGUGGUGCCCAUGUCGCACAUUCAUAACAAACCUGACCUCAAGGAUCGUGAACACAGCAUUCUUAGGCAUCGCAAUGACAUGGUCGUACAGACGAGCUUCUGCGGUGAUGACGGCCGCGAUGAGAAUAGCUCCGAAACGACAGUGGAAGCGCAAGUGGCAGCGGCGGCGGCGGCAAAUGCCUGUGAUAUGGGCUGUCAAACGCGUGAAUCGCUUUUUGCCACACCACUGAUGCACCAAAGCUCGUUGAGCUCAGUGAACAAGGACAGGGCCAGCCUUCACUCACGCUCACGUUUUUCUACAUUUGGUUAUGAUGGUGCUGAAUCGACACCACCACCAACGCUUCCAGCUGGUGGACGCGGCGGCAACCAACUUACAGGACUCAAUAUACGCGAUGCCCAGGGUUAUAUCGAAAUGAGGGAGCGACAUCCAGCGCCGAAGUCGUCCAUGCCGCAUAUGCAUCGUAUGAAUGCAUUGCCACCGACACCGCCCACGCCAGCAGUGCCGUCAGAGAUGUGUCAUCAUCAUCAUCAACAUGCGCACACGCACGUACACGCCCAACAACAGCAACAGCAACAGCAAUCAACGGCACACCAACAGCAACAGCAACAGUUGGCUAUGCAACAGCAGUCGAGGGAGAGUGCGCUGGCGGCAGCGGCGGCGGCGGGUAGCAAGUCAACCACGACAACGACAAUGACGCCGAUGCCGGCAUCAGCUCAGGGAAAAGCCAAGCCAAAGCUGAGUCAAUCGACAGCUUACAUCGACAUUAGAAAUUCAGCGCCGGAUGUCAUCAUAAUGACAUCGCAUUGACAUUUAAGUAACUCGACGAAAAUCACGCCAUAUCCACAUGGGCGCACGCAACAGCAAAAACACAUUAGCACACUCGAUAGACUGUUGCAAUGUGCUGGCGCAGUACCCGGUAGUAGUCCGGGAAGCGCAACACAGCGGGCAUUUGCGAGGACGAGUGAAAUGUCGCCACAAAUAACGAAGUCGCUUGGGUACGAAUAAAGCAAAGAGUACUACAAAACACUAGCCGUUUCUGAAUUUUUCACAAAAAUGUGUUAUGGAAUGUACUGGACCGCUUAGAAUACUGCAAAACAUACUACUUACAUAUAUAAAUACUUAAUAAUAAAUGGUUGAAGGUUGUAAUGGUAAAACAUUUCCUCACUUAUAUGAAGUAACAUUAGUUUCCUUUUUUUGCAAAGAGUUGAAUGUAAUUAAACUAUCGAAAAAACAUAUUGUACAUAAAUAGUGCAUGCAGUGAAUAUGUAUAUGUACAUAAGUAUGUCAUUGCAUAUAUCGGAAGGAAAUGAAAAUUGUAUUUAGUUUACUUAAAACUAAGUAAUUAAUUUGGUAAUCAAAUAAUUGAAGUGGUAAACUAGUGAAAAUAGUCAAAGCUUUAAGCUCGCAUUAUUAAGAACUUUCAUACGUAUUAAACAUAAUGGAAUAAUUAGCAUAAAAGCAACAUACAUAUGUCCGUACAUAGAUACACGAAGUAUGUACAUUA